AUGGAACUGAAUCUCUUGAAUUGGGAUUGGGAUCAAGAAUCUUACCCAGAUUCUUCUGAUUUCUGGAUCCUCAUCUUCUUUGCUCCCUUCUUCCUUUUUCUUCGCUUCAUUCUCGACAGAUCCAUAUUCGAGAGAGUGGCUAGACGGCUAAUAUUUCCAAGAGGACACUGUGCUGUUUCGAACGAGAGAAGAAAGAGGAUAGUGAAAUUCAAAGAAUCAGCUUGGAAAUGUCUAUGCUCUCUCUCUAUCGAAGCUCUUGCUCUUCACGUCACUUAUAAGGAGCCAUGGUUUAAAGACACAAGAUGCUUCGGGUUAGGACCAGGAGACAAGAUAUGGCCUGACCAAAAGAUAAAGUUGAGAAUGAAGGCAAUGUAUAUGUUUGUCGGUGGGUUGAAUGUAUAUUCCUUUUUUGCUUUGUUCUUUUGGGAAACAAGACGAUCUGAUUUCAAAGUCAUGUUAGUCCAUCACAUUGUAACUUCAUUCCUCAUCAUCUUAUCUUACGUUUUCAGAUUUGCUCGUAUAGGUUCGGUAAUAUUGGCUCUUCACGAAAUCAGCGACGUGUUUCUAGAGAUAGGCAAGAUGUGCAAAUACAGCGGCGCAGAAGCCAUGACUAGCUUCUCGUUCGUCCUAUUUUUCUUGUCGUGGACCGCUCUGCGACUCAUCUAUUAUCCUUUCUGGAUCCUAUGGAGCACUAGCUACGAAUCAAUAAAAGUGAAACUGGAGUGGGACAAUAAGCAUUUGGUGGAAGCUGGACUACCUCGUAUGGUCUACUAUGUCUUCAACACACUUCUCUAUUGCUUACAGAUCCUUCACAUCUACUGGUGGUUCUUGAUAUGUCGUGUGCUCAUCAGCCAAAUCCUCGCCAAAGGCAAAAUCGCUAGAGACGUCCGUUCUGGUUAG